CAGGGUGGUUGUACUGGCAGUGGCUGAAUCCUCCUCAGGGGAGUGCAAAGUUCACCAGGAGGUUCCACCUUGCUAUGAGAACCGAAGAUGGAUCCAGAAGAGCAGGAUUUGCUGGGGGAUUACAGAUACAGGAAUUAUUCUUCAGCAAUUGAGAAAGCUCUGAGAAACUUUGAAUCAUCCAGUGAAUGGGCAGAUCUGAUAUCUUCCCUUGGCAAACUCAACAAGGCUCUUCAGAGUAACCUCAAAUAUUCUCUCCUACCAAGAAGGCUGAUCAUCAGUAAAAGAUUAUCCCAGUGUUUGCAUCCAGCCCUUCCCAGUGGAGUGCAUUUAAAGGCCUUGGAAACCUAUGAAAUCAUCUUUAAGAUCAUUGGGACCAAAUGGCUUGCCAAGGAUUUAUUCCUGUACAGCUCUGGGUUGUUUCCUCUGCUGGCAAAUGCAGCAAUGUCAGUGAGGCCUGUUCUCCUGGGCUUGUAUGAGAAAUAUUUUCUUCCUCUCCAAAAGUCCCUCCUGCCUGGUCUUCAAGCCUUUGUCAUUGGGCUCCUGCCUGGGUUGGAAGAAGGAUCAGAAAUUUAUGACAGGACAGAUGCUCUGCUGGUGAAGCUCUCCCUGCUGAUGGGCCAGGAGGUGUUUUAUGGAGCUCUCUGGGGCAGUGUCCUGGUCAGUCCAUCCAUCAGACUUCCUGCUUCCCUCUUUGUGGUCAGCCACAUCAACAGGGAGCAGUCUGGGAAGCAGCAGAAGUACAUGCUUGGCACAGAUCACAAGCUCACAAUCAAGUCUCUGUGUGUGUCAGUAUUGGAUUCCAAUGUCCUUGUGCAAAGGAACACUCUGGAAGCAAUUCUCUUCUUCUUCCCAUUUUACACAGCUUUGGACUGCAAUGAGAGCACAAUUCUGCUGCCCAGGGCUGAUCUCAUCUACAUCCUGUCAGCAGCAACCCAGACACUGCUGAGGAGAGACAUGUCCCUCAACAGAAGACUGUAUGCAUGGUUGUUAGGCUCUGAUAUAAAAGGUGGUACUUUUGCUCCAGACUCCACAACUUCUGAAGACCAGGCUGUUUAUUUCUUUGGGAAAUAUUCUAAAGAUCUUUUGGUUGAGAGUUUGGUUGUGAUUUUGCAUCAGAAAUUCCCCGAGUCUGAUAAUACAGAGGAGCAGCACCAGGCUUACCUGAAACCCUUCCGCAUCCUCAUCAGCCUCCUGGACAAACCUGAGAUAGGGCCACAGGUGGUUGGGGAUCUGUUCCUGGAAGUUAUCAGAGCCUUUUAUUCCUACUGCAAAGAUGCCCUUGGUUCUGAUCUCAAACUCAGCUACAACCAAAGUGGCAACAUCCUGGCGAGUGCAAUCAAAGAGAACAAAAACGCCUCAGAAAUUGUCAAAACAGUCAAUUUGUUGAUCACCUCCUUGAGCACGGAUUUCCUCUGGGAUUACAUGACCAGAUGUUUUGAAGAUUGUUUCAGAAACAAAUCCUCAGAGAUGAGAUACCCUCUGGAAAAUAUUAGCACUCCUCCUACAAUUUCAGAGCUCUGCACACUACUGGUGUUCCUUCUCGAUGUGAUCCCUUUGGAACUCUACUCUGAAGUGCAGACUCAGUAUCUGCCCCAGAUGCUCAGUUACAUGGUGCAGUCUCUCCUGGAAAACAUGGAAUUGCUGGGUUUGCCAGAACUCACUCAUGCCUUAAAGACCUGUUUUAAGGUGCUCAGCAAGGUGCAAAUGCCCCCUUCCUACCUGGACAUCGAGACAGGGAGUGGAAAUGGGAGCCCAGUGCCAAAGGAAGAUGUGGACAUAACCUUGGAGACAAAGUCAGUGCUGCAGGAGGAGGAGGAGGCUCCAUUCCAGCCCCUCAAGUCAGAGGACAGUGGAAUUGGUCUGAGUGCCUCAUCCCCAGAGCUCUCCCAGCACCUGGGGGUGCCCACAGUGACCCUGGAGAGGGAUGAUGUCUGGAAGAAAGGGGGGAGCAUCCAGAAGACUCUGCUGUGCAUCCAAGAGCUGGUUGCCAAGUUUUCCAGUAAAUACAUUUUUGGGGUGCAGCUCCAAGAAACGAGUAACGAGCGCGUUUCAGCAACGAGUCCCAGUGGGAAGGAGAAAAAGGAGAAUGGAUACAGGUUCCCUGAGAGUGCCAGCAAGAAAAAGAGUCCCUGGGAUGCCAAGCAGAUCACUGUGCCUCAGGUUAAACAAAUGCUUUCAGACUUGUUCUCAGCCCGGGGCUCUCCCUUCAGGAGCAAGAGUUCCAGCCCUCUGCUCCCUGACCACGACUCUGGGAGUAAAAAGGAAAAGGAGGAAGAAGAGUGGGAUUUGGAACAAGUGAUGCUGGUCUUGGGACCCCUUAAAGGUGACUGCAAGGAAGCUUUCUCUGCAGCUUGUCACCUUCUGCUGGAUUGCACCACGUUCCCAGUCUACCUGUCGGAGGAGGAGAUGGAACAGUUGUAUCUCUCUCUGUUUGAGGUUCCUGGAGGUUGUGAUCCCAGCUUCCCUCUGUGGCUGAGGUCCCUGAUGACCAUCUGCUGCUGUGUGAAUGACUGCUACGUCCAGAACGUGUCCAUCUUCACCCUGCUGGAGGUGAUCAACCACUCCCAGUCCCUGGCUCUGGUCAUCGAGGACAGGAUGAAGCGCUACAAAGUGUCCAGCCACAACCCCUUCCUGGGCAAGCUGCAGAUGGUCACCCUCCCUCCCAUCGCUCCUGGAGUCCUGAAGAUGAUCUCUGAGAAAACAGAUUUCUACCAGAGAGUAGCCUGUGUGCUCUGGAACCAGCUGAACAAGGAGACUCGGGAGCACCACAUUCCCUGUGUGGAACUGUUCUACAGGCUGCACUGCCUGGCCCCAUCAGCAAAUAUCUGUGAGGACAUCAUCUGCCAUGCUCUGCUGGACAGGGAUAAAGGGACAAGGCUGGAGGCCCUGUUCAGGUUCUCUGUCAUGUGGCAUCUGACCAGAGAGAUCCAAGGCAGCAGAGUGACUUCUCACAACCGCUCCUUUGACAGGUCCCUGUUUGUGGUCCUGGACAGCCUGAACUGCUCCGACGGUGCCAUCGGAGCCGCGGCGCAGGGUUGGCUCAUCCGGGCUCUGUCCCUCAACGACGUGGCCCGGAUCCUGGAGCCAAUCCUGCUGCUCCUGCUGCAUCCCAGGACACAGCGCACCUCCAUCCACUACAUCAAACAGAAACACUCAGCAGACUUUAUCCAUGAUUGGCUUUGCAAGAAAAAGGCCCCUGUGAAAGAGUCUGCCAUCUCCGAGAGCAAUUCCGAGGAAAACCUUCCACUGAGCCAGUUUACUACUGUGGAUAGAGAGGCAAUUUGGGCAGAAGUGGAAAAAGAUCCAGAGUUAAAACCUGAGAAUGAUGGACCCUGUAAUCCCAUCAUGUCCCAGGAAGCAGAUGGUGACCAAGACAACAGCGAGCACACGGAGUCCGCGGACACCAGCACGGGCCACGACAGUGAGAACACAUCCUCCUUCUCUCCCUCUCUGGAGCUGCAGGAGGUGAGCAACGAGGACAAUGACAGAGAGGCCCCAAAUCCCGGGAAUGUGCUCAACUCCCUCCUGUCCGACAGCUCCAAAUCCAGCGCGGCGCUGAACCUGGUGCGCGCCGACUCCGAGAGGACUCAGGCCUCGGAGUCCCUGUCGAGCGACGAAGAGGUGGACCUGGAGCUGCAGGAAAUCACCCAUUCCAGGCUGCUGAAGCAGCAGAAGGAAAAGCAGGAGAUGGUGGAGGCUCUGUUCAAGCACAUGCUGCUGUACCUGCAGCCCUACGACUCCAGGAGGGUGCUCUACGCCUUCUCCGUGCUGGAGGCCGUGCUCAAAACCAACCCCAAGGAAUUCAUCGAGGCCGUGGCCAGCACCAGCAUGGACACCAGCUCCACAGCACAUCUGAACCUCAUCUACAACCUCCUGGCUCGCCACCAGGAAGCUCUCGUAGGGCAGAGUUUUUAUGGGAAGCUCCAGCCCCAGUCCCCGACCGUGUGUCCCCAUUCCCUGCUGAUAGAGCUGCUCACCUACCUCUGCCUCAGCUUCCUGCGCUCCUACUACCCCUGCUGCCUCAAGGUCACCCACAGGGACCUCCUGGGCAACAGGGACGUGCAGGUGAAGAGCGUGGAGGUGCUGAUCCGGGUGGUGGCCCAGCUGGCCACCGUGGCCAAGGCGGCGGAGAGCAGGAACGUGGAGUUCAUCCGCAACUUGCUGGGGAGGUGCAAAGUGCAGGAGUUCGUCCUGCUGUCCCUGUCGGCCUCCAUGUACGUCAGUCAGAAACGCUACGAGCUGCUCCUGGCGGACGGGGCCGGCCGUAGUGCCGAGGAGGAGCUCUGGGAAGAGAGCCUGAUCAACUUUGGCCACGACCAGAUCUGGAGCGAACACCCGCUGCAGAUCGAGCUGCUGAAGCUCCUGCAGGUGCUGAUUGUCUUGGAGCACCACCUCGGACAGACCCCCGAGGAGCAGGAGAACCAGCCAGACCUCUCCAAGGAGUGGCAGCAGGCUCUCAACUUCCAGCAGGCCAUUGGUGCCAUGCAAUAUGUCUAUCCACAUCCCAUCACUUCCCAGGGGUUGUUUGUCUCCGCCGUGGUUCGGGGUUUGCAGCCGGAGUAUGGCUAUGGGAUGCAUCCCACUUGGGUGGGCUUGGUCACCUCUUCCCUACCCUAUUUUGGGAAGUCCUUGGGCUGGACUGUGGCACCAUUCGUGGUACAGAUCUGUAAAAACCUGGAUGAGCUUGUCAAGCAGUAUGAAAACGAAGCUGUGAAGGCAUCUGCCAAAACAUCUGCCAGCUUAACUUCCAAGAGAGAAAAUGUGACACCUGAUUACCCACUAACCCUUCUGGAAGGUCUGACAACCAUUGGUCACUUCUGCCUUCUGGACCAUCCUAGUCCAACAAAAAAGUCAUGUUUAGCUGAACCUGCAAACCUGAGGAAUGCCAGGAAUGCCAUCCUGGAAGAACUGCCUCGAAUUAUCAACACCAUGUCCCUGCUUUGGAGUGUCAUCAAGAGGGAAGACUCUCAAAAAAGACCAACUGACUUUUUUGGAACAACCAAAGGCUCUUCUUCAGUCUACUUUAAAGCAACCAAAACAUUAAGAAUGAAAAUAUUGGACUUCCUGAAUCCACUGACAGCCCAACUUGGAAUCCAGUUGAUGGCAGCAAUUGCAGCAGUUUGGAACAGCAAGAAACCUCACAGGAGUCAAAGUAAAACCAAGAUCCUUCCAGUGGCCAGUGCAUCUCAGCUUAUUCUCGUGGACUUAAUUUGUGCCCUUAACACACUGAAAAUUGACACUAUUUUACAUCUUAUCAAAGAGGUGGUCAAGAAACCAGCACAGAUCAAGGGUGAAGAGAAAUCUUCUCUGGUGGAUAUCCCAAUGCUGCAGUUCAGCUAUGCUUUCAUUCAAAGACUGCCUGUCUCAGCCCUGCAGGAGAACUUCCAGCCCUUGUUAGGACUCCUCAAGGAGUCUGUGCAGUUGAACUUGGCUCCUCCUGGACACUUCCUUCUCCUCAGCACCCUGAAUGACUUUGUGACCAGGACACCCACUCUGGAAAACAAAAAAGACCAAAAAGACUUGCAGGAGGUGACCCAAAAAAUCCUGGAGGCCGUAGGGACUGUGGCUGGUUCUUCUCUGGAACAGACCAGUUGGCUGAGCAGGAACUUGGAAGUGAAAGCUCAGCCUCAGAUUUUACCAGACGACUUCAACAUGGAAGAUGUGAAUGAUACCUCAGUGGCACCAUCAUCAAUGGUUUCUGCCUCUGCUCCUUCCAUAUACAGCGUCCAAGCCCUUUCUCUCCUUGCUGAGGUCCUUGCCUCUCUUCUGGACAUGGUUUACAGGAGUGAUGAGAAGGACAAAGCUGUGCCACUGAUCUCACGUUUGCUCUACUACGUCUUCCCUUACCUGCGCAACCACAGUGCCUACAACAUUCCCAGUUUCCGUGCUGGUGCUCAGUUGCUCAGUUCCUUGAGUGGAUACGCCUACACCAAGCGAGCCUGGAAAAAAGAAGUGCUGGAGUUGUACAUGGAUCCCUCUUUUUUCCAGAUGGACACUUCAUGCACUCAUUGGAGAUCCAUUAUUGACCAUCUCCUGACACACGAGAAAACCAUGUUUAAAGAUUUGAUGAACAUGCAGAGCAGUGCCCUAAAACUGUACCCAAGCUUUGAGCAGAAGGCGAUGCUGCUGAAGCGCCAGGCGUUCGCCGUCUUCAGCGGGGAGACCGACCAGUACCACCUCUACCUGCCCCUGAUACAGGGACCUUUAGUAAAUCUCUUUUUAUUUGGCUCCCAGGAACCAAACCACAGCGAGGGAAUUCCCAAGAAGCACAGGUUCCCCCUGCUGACCCUGCGCUCCGUCUCCAGCAUCACCCAGCUCAUGCCCUUCUUCCAGACUCUCUGCUGGGCAUUUACAGCAAACAGGAGCCAGUCCCAAAAUUCCCACCCUUCCCCAGCUGUCUCCAUGGACUGUGUUGGAAGCAGCAGCACCCCCAAGAUCUUGCAGCAGCUGGAAGACAGCGUUGAAUGUGACUUCCUGGAGAACAUGGAAAGUUAAGCCACGUGUUGGACACUUUGGAUCGUGGUGGGAAAACAGCAAAACAAGGGAAAGCUUUGCUGCAAUUCCUUUUUUUAUCCCCCCCAGCUUUCAAGCUACAUUUUGGGAGUGCUCUCCAGUAAUCCAGGAGAUGGUGUUAAAAAGCAGGAAUCUCGGGUUCCUGUGGUGGUGGGAGGGGGGGAAAAUGUGCAGUUUGGUGGUAAUUUAUCAGAGUUACUGUAUUUUACUGGUGUUCUUUGGGGAGAAUUAAAGGCAUUUUGUAAAUAAGGGGGAGAAUAUUUUUGACUUGGUGAAAGUAGCAACAGCCCUGGAACUCCUCCAGUAAGUAUUUUAAGCUGCUUUUGGAACUGUGUUCUGAAGGCAGAGGUGAGAAAAAGCUAAUCUUGCAUGUCAGUGUACAAUCAGUUUGCAGAUAAGUCAUUUCCUGAGGUUAAAGCCCUUUUAACUUGGCCUAAAGCUUACCAAAUUCCAAAGAAAUCACCUAAAUUCCAACCAGAUGGAUUUUUCUAAGGCUCCUACGUUGUGCAGCCUUACCAUGCCUGUAAUUUCAGCUCUGUACAAUAACAGCAUCCUCCAGGCUUAGCAAUUCCUACAUAAAAAUGUGCAUAAAAGACAAACCUAUGCUGUAACAUUUUGUAAUUAGCAUUACUUGAGGGGUUUUUAAUUUUAAUGAAUUGAUUACAAUAUGAUCGUUCAGUUUUUUAAAUUAAAAAAAAAAUGCUUUGUUCUUUCAGUGACUCAGGCCACUUUGCAACUUCUGAAAUGCAACUAAAUGGAGAUAAUUCUGUAAAAAUAUAAAUUGCUGUAUUCAGCAGCUUCAUGAAAAUGAAAAUAAUAGUCUUUUUUUUUUUUUUAGGAACACUUUUUGUACAAAAGAAUGUAUUUGGCUGUUCCUAGAUGGGAAGACAGGUAGGGAGAUCCUCACAGUGCUAAAUUGAAAAGGUUUGGUGGUUUAGUGUCAGCAGGAUUUAUUUUUUCAAAACCCACACAACAAAUGUGGGAGGCUUCUCUGCAGUGGGUUUGACCCUCAGGCAGAUGAAGCUUUCACCCAGGGAUUAUAAACUAAAAUAAUGAAACAUAUUUUACUCUGCUAAUACUGGAAUGCUCUGUGAAAAUCAUACUAGGGUAGGUUUGUGCUAAACUUAAAUGAACUCUUUGCAUUUUUACAGUUAAGGAAAGUGAUAGACUGAGGUGUGAUAUUGUGUGGUGACUAAGAAUGUGAAUUAUUUCUAGGGAUUUAAUUUAUUAAUGAUCUCUAAUGCUGUUGGGAUGAGCACAAGUGAAAAGCUCCCCUUUGAAGGCAUUACUUGAAUAUUGGAGCAGGUUAUUUUUUAAAAUGUUUGUGUCCAUUACCUACAUAUCCUCAGCAGUUUUUACGGAUUAUUUUCUUGUGACUCAGGAUGAUUUGGUAGUUUUACUUCCAGCUUUCUGCUGGUUGCAUUCCAUACUUGGAUAUUUCCCUUAAAACCCUGAUGAGAUGAGGGUGGUGAGGCCCUGGCCCAGGUUGCCCAGAGAAGCUGUGGCUGCCCCUGGAUCCCUGGAAGUAUCCAAGGCCAGGUUGGACAGGGCUUAGAGCAACCUGGGCUAGUGGAAGGCUCAAAGGGAUCUCCAGCAUAUUUUAUUCCUUUAUUCCAUAACUUUAUUCCUUUUCCAUAUGGGACUAACUAAAGUUGUUUUACUCCUUAUGCUCCCACUGUUAAGUCCACUGAAGGAGGGCUGGCCUGCUCUAACCUGGUCCUGCCAGAGCAGAAUAACUUCACUGUCAAUAAAAUCUGGAAACCCUUUUGCCUGGAACUCAAGACCAGGAGAGAAAAUGCUUUUGCUUUGCUGUGUUUUCAGUCUUUGCUUGUUUUCAGUCUAACCAAGCUCAGCUUCAUCUUUCGGAUACUUCGGCGACGAGACAGCAGAGCCACAGAGGGAGACUUUUAAAUAUCCAAAGGAUUUGAUUUUCCUGAAAGAAAAAGAUAGUAGGUGCAACCCAGGACUUGAAAUGUGGAGCAUUAAGUGAUGUAUCCGAAAUUAUAUAUGAAUGUAAUUCUUCUAAUAAUAUUAAAUGUUAUUUUGAAAUACCUUUUCAAA